CCCCCUCUCACUGAGGGUCGCAACGAUUGCAGUCGGGAGAAAAGAAAUGAUAAGUCGCCUCACUGAGAAUAGCCAGUGGAUUCUAAUCAAGAGAAAAAUGGACGUUUGGUGCGCCUGCUCCGAGCCAGAGGCAGGCCAUGCCCACACGCCGCGUACGUCAAACACACCACAUUCAAAGGUAGUCAUAAAUCAAUUGUUACUCUUCAAACUCUCGUUGCUGGACUUUUUCUUCAAUGUUGUAUUUCAUUGUAAUUAGCCGAACUAAGGCUCCAGCUAGGGUUACCUUUAUGAACGUGACACCUCCAAGCUUGAUCACAUGACCAUUUGACACGGAUACUGUACAGUUUUAAUGGAAGUAUGCUGCCUGACUGAAUGCAGCACCCAAAGCUAUGACAAAUGUGACUUUAUCAUGUCUAUCAAGAUUUUCUCUGUGGAAUACGAUCAGGUGAAUGAAAGAGGAACUUUCUCUCCUGGCGAUGUCCUCGCUGGAAGAGUGACUGUGGUGGCCAGCAAGGAGACCAAAGUGCAGUCUUUGACGGUCACUGCGAAAGGAAAGGCUGAGGUCAAAUGGUGCGAUCAAGAUGGACAGACCAAAGCGCUCCACCAAGAUGAGGAGAAAUAUUUCUUUUUGGAACACAUUAUUCUUCAGGAUAAAAAUAAAAGAGAUGGAACAGAAAUCAUUCAUCAAGGGAGGAGUGUGUAUCCUUUCACCUUUGCGAUUCCAAAUAUAGACAUGCCUUCCUCGUACGAAGGAAAAUGGGGCAGAAUCACGUACAGUUUACAAGCUCAACUGACUCGGUCAAUCUGGAGCAUCCACAAAACUCGGAUUGAGUUCCCAUUUCUUACCAAGUCCGAGUUUCCCUUCGCUUCCAAAUCAGAAAUGUUGAUCAUCGGAUUUCAAGAGCGGCAAAGCGCAACCAAAAUUUCAUUUUACGGCGCUGGAAAAGUUACCUUGAAUGUGACUUCGGAGAAAUUGGGACUGACACAAGGUGAAACGAUGGAAGUGUCUGUUGACGUAAUUAACAGCUCAAAUCGUGCAGUAACGCCCAAAUUCUUCCUGUGCGAGAAGCAAAUGUUUGUCGCCCAAUUGGAGACAAUUGUGCACACAAAUGAGAUCCUCUUUGGCACUGGAGAAUCAGUUUCAGCUCGGAGCAGUCGUACCAUAAAAAAUGUUCUAAGUAUCCCUCCACAGCUCUACCCCACAUUCUUCAACUGCUCCAUAAUCAAGCUCGAAUACACGCUCAAGGUCACGCUUGGUGACCCAUUGGCAAGAGAUCCAGAUAUCAGACUUCCUCUGGUUAUUCUACGGGGUUCAACCCAACCAUAGCAUCAAAAAUCUAAAAGAUCCCGUGUAAUGUAGAGUGCUGAAAUUGCCAAAGUAGUUUCAACCAGUUUGUAAAGGGAAUGUGAACAUGGUUUGGCCCCUCCCUCUUUGUCAGGGCACCAAUUUUGUGCAAAAAAUACAAAACAAAAAAAUUGUUAAGGCGCAUGAUGACUGACACGUUUUGGUGCAAAUCUAAAUAAACGUGUAUUGCAGAAUUCAA